GAAAUCGCCUCCUUGUAGCCUAGAAACUAAUUCAAGCAUUCAGCUUGGUAGCAGCUACUUCACUGAGCUGUGGCCACGAUGCAGCACCUAAAGGAAGAUCUGACUACUCAUGAAGAAUCAGAUGAUGUCUUCUGUGAAGGAAUAUCUUCCAGGCUGCCGGAAAUCAUGUCAGUAGGAUCACAUUCGUUCUCCCCAGGUGGUCCCAAUGGGAUUAUUAGAAGUCAAUCCUUCGCUGGCUUCAGCGGUCUCCAAGAAAGACGAUCUAGGUGUAACUCUUUUGUUGAAAAUUCCUCGGGCCUUAAGAAACCCCAAACAAAGGUGAAGAAGGCGCACAAUUUGGGACAUAAGAACAGCAGUGCCUCCAAAGAGCCCCAGCCUAAAAGGAUGGAAGAGGUCUACAGGGCCUUAAAGAAUGGAUUGGACGAGUAUCUGGAAGUUCACCAGACAGAGCUGGAUAAGUUAACUGCUCAGUUAAAAGACAUGAAAAGAAAUUCACGGCUGGGUGUGCUGUAUGAUCUAGACAAGCAAAUCAAAGCAAUUGAAAGAUAUAUGAGAAGGCUGGAGUUCCACAUUAGUAAGGUGGAUGAGCUGUACGAAGCCUAUUGUAUCCAAAGACGUCUUUGUGACGGCGCCAACAAAAUGAAGCAAGCAUUUGCAAUGUCGCCUGCCAGCAAAGCAGCUCGAGAGAGUUUGUCGGAAAUCAACAGAAGUUUCAAGGAAUACACGGAGAAUAUGUGUACCAUUGAAUCAGAGCUGGAAAACCUAUUGGGGGAGUUUUGCAUCAAGAUGAAAGGUCUGGCUGGUUUUGCUCGUCUUUGUCCUGGAGAUCAAUAUGAGAUUUUCAUGAGGUAUGGCCGCCAGCGAUGGAAAUUGAAAGGCAAAAUUGAAGUGAAUGGCAAGCAAAGCUGGGACGGAGAAGAAGUGGUUUUCCUUCCUCUUAUUGUUGGGCUGAUCUCCAUUAAGGUCACAGAAGUUAAAGGACUUGCCACUCACAUUCUAGUGGGAAGCGUUACCUGUGAGACAAAGGACUUGUUUGCAGCUCGGCCCCAGGCGGUUGCUGUUGACAUUAAUGAUCUUGGCACUAUAAAGCUGAACCUUGAAAUCACCUGGUACCCAUUUGAUGUUGAGGACUUGACCCCAUCCACAGGCAAUGUGAACAAAGCAUCUGCUCUCCAAAGAAGGAUGUCCAUGUAUAGCCAAGGCACCCCAGAAACUCCUGUCUUCAAGGAUCACUCAUUCUUUUCCAAUUCGCCAGACGGUCUCUUUGAAAAUGGGAUGGCAGCCAAUGAGAAAAAACCAGUAUCUUUCAGUUUUGGCGAUAUACCCAAUGGAGAUUGUUCUCCUCAAUCCAGCACAGUCAAUUCAGUCUCUACUCUUGACCCUUCUAGUCCUGAAAUUACUGUCAUACCUCCAGAGCACAAAUCCUCAACGAUGGAUACUUCCAGCACAAACUCAUCCCUGGACUCUACACCUGAGUCAAAAGACUUGAAGUCAGAGCCAGAGCACACACCAGUAAAUGAGAACAAGAAAAGUUCCAGAGUAACCUCUGAAGUUCAUCAAAAGCCUCCUGGCCCUGGGAGCAAUAACCUAUUUAUAGAUUCUAGGGUGCCUGUCUCACUUCUACAGGACACAGAUGAAGUGUCAGAGCUGAAACCAGUGGAACUGGAUACCUAUGAAGGCAACAUCACCAAACAGCUGGUAAAAAGGCUCACCUCAGCAGAGGCUCCAAUGACACCCGAAAGGCUGCAAUGUGAGGGAUCAAUAAGUGGCGAAUCAGAAGGAUAUAGGUCUUAUUUAGAUGGAAGCAUAGACGAUGCCUUUCAGGGGCUUCUCCUAACACUUGAGCCACAUAAAGAACAGUACAAAGAAUUCCAGGACCUGGACCAAGAGGUGAUGCGUCUGGAUGAUAUUCUAAAAUGCAAGCCACCAGUAAACGGAAGCAGGUCCUCCAGUUUCAGUCUAACAGUUGAAAGUGCUUUAGAAAGCUUUGAUUUCCUGAACACCUCUGACUUUGAUGAGGAGGAUGGUGGAGGUGAUGAGGUUUGUAAUGGUGGAGGAGGAGGUGCUGACUCAGUAUUUUCAGACACUGAGCCCGAGAAGACUAGUUACAGAUCAGAGCACUCAGAAGCCAGAGGGCACCUCAGUGAAGCUUUGACUGAAGACACAGGAGUUGGGACCAGUGUAGCUGGAAGUCCUCUGCCACUGACCACAGGGAAUGAGAGUCUUGAUAUCACCAUAGUUAAGCAUUUGCAGUAUUGUACACAGCUCAUUCAGCAAAUUGUGUUCUCCGGUAAAACUCCAUUCGUUGUAAGAAACCUCCUGGAUAAGCUGUCCAAGCAGGUUGUAAUAGUAGGAAACCUGGCAGAAAUCAGCAGUGAGAAUAUGGGCAACAUCAUUUCUGUAACUGAAGCAAUUCCAGAAUUUCAUAAAAAGCUCUCACUGCUGUCUUUCUGGUCUAAGUGCACUGGUCCUACAGGAGCAUAUCAUACCUCAGCAGACAAAAUGAUAAAGCAGCUGGAUGUCUCUUUUGCCACAGCUGUGAAUGAAGAGUGCCCAGGACUUGCAGAAACAGUAUUUAGAACCCUGGUGUCUCAGAUCCUCGACCGAACGGAGCCAGUCCUCUCCUCCAGUCUGUCCUCUGAAAUCCUCACAGUUUUUCAGUAUUACAAUUAUUUUGCCAGCAACAGCAUUAGCGACCUUGGAAGCUAUUUGUUGCAACUUGCAAAAGAAGCCUCAGUGGUUGAGAAGCUGCAGACAUUAAGAGAUGAAAAACUGCUACAGAAUAUCUCUGAGCUAACCUCCAGCAGUCCUGCUUUACUUCUGACAGAAAAUAAAAAUGAAGUUGGCGAGGCUGUGACAUCACUCUUGUUAGCUUCAGCAGAAAACAAGCAUUUCAGGGAGAAGGCUUUAAUUUACUACUGUGAAGUACUAACACAGCCUGACCUCCACCUACAGAAAGCAGCUUGCAUGGCACUGAAAUGCCUUCAGGCUACUGAAAGUAUUAAAAUGCUGGUCAUGCUCUGUCAAUCCGACAAUGAAGAAAUCAGAAAAAUAGCAUCUGAAACCCUUCUCUCUCUUGGUGAGGAAGGGCGACUAGCAUAUGAACAGCUGGAUAAAUUCCCUCGGGAAUUUGUUAAAGUUGGAGGCCGUCGGGGGACAGAAGUUGCCACUGCUUUUUAGACACAAGAUACUCUACGUAACCGUUAACAAUCAUUACAACUAUGUUCACAUUAACUGGGAUGGUGCUGUAAUUUAACUGCUUUAAAAACAAAAAAACAAAAAAUUGAAGAAUGGUAAAGCGUGUCCUGAAAGUUAGCAACUAAUAGACUUUUUAAGGGGGAAAAAAACAAGAGUGUAAACUCAGUUGAGUUCCUAUUGGCUUUUCUUCUUAACUUAUGAUGGAACAGUUAUUUUUAUUGAAGAUAGUGCUUUGAUGGCUGGCUUCAGAGUAAGUGAUGUAAUUGCAGUAAAUCAGUCACUCAGUAAAUUUAUAUUUUAGAAUUCAGCAUCUUAAUAUUUUUACACAAUUUUGCACUUCUUUUAGUGAGGUUGUUCUGUACGCUUGAGCGGUGAUGCUGCAUUUAAAAAAGGAAAGUAGGAAGCAAACCAAUUAGGACUACAAAACAACUUACUCUCCAUGCGGCGCUCAGAGUUGGAUGCCUUGCAGGAUUCCUAGCAGCAUGGACUGAGACUCAACUACCCAGAUUUAUUUUAAUGAUGAAAUAUAGAUUACCAAGUUUUGCCUGUAGAAACAAUCCCAGGAGCUGUUAUUUCAUUGACUCAUUUUAAAUGCCUCUGCUGGUCUUCUAUUUUCUCCCUCUCACCUCCAGUAAUGAACUAUGAUUAAUCCCGGGAUUUUCUUGUGCUAUCAAGCAAUUGCGUAGGUUUUAUAGAAAUAAAUGGAAGGCUAAAUAUGCUCAUUGUUCAAAAAGAAAAAGUGACUAUAAUGCAAUUAAUUGCAUGAACCCCUGAAGCCAUUUUUGUUUCCUAGGUUACAGGAAGGAGUGGGAUCCAUGCACUCUGGUUAGUGUAUAACAGCUUGCUAGAGAGUAAUUUCAGUAUAAAGAAUUCAAGCAAACUAAAGAGGACCUUGGAGCUGUUAAAGACAGAGUGCAAAUAAAAAAUUUCCUCCCACCCAACUCCCAAGUAUAAAAGACUUAAGUGCUUCAAGCUAUUGAUUAUAGCCCUUAAAUUAACAGAUGAGGUGAGUGUAAUUUAACAGAAGGGCAUUCUUGUCCUGCAGUACCUCUGACAUGAAAUACUACUUCGAUGUUAAUUAAAACAUCCAGCUUCUGAUGAACUAUUCAGAAAAGGAUCACAAAUAAAUAGUUCACUUCAAAAAGAAGCCUCGUGCGCCAAAUACAUUGGCAGACAGUUUAUCUGACUGUGAAUGUUACCAACAAUGUACAUAUAGCUGUAUAUUUAUAAAUAUUAUGUAUAUUCUUCCUUUAAUUAAAAAGGUACAUUUGUACAGUCUAAAAGAUGUACUUGUUUACUGAAGGAAAUAGGCUCUUUUUUACAGAAGGCUAAAUAGCUAUGUCAUGGUUUUUAUAUUUCAUCUACUGCAUGAGCGGAUUCACCCAUCAUAUUCUUUUGUUCUGACAUCUGCUUAUUUUUUGCCUUCCAGUUUUGUGGCAUGUUUACUCAUAUUCCUGAUCACAUUUAAGUUAUAAUAAAGAAUAUUUGUAAUCACUUAAACACAUUGGUCCAAACUAUAAAAUGUGUGUGCUCAACCUUCUCCGCUGUGGGGACUAAAAAAUCUUAACGCACAUCUUUCAGGCUUUUGUCUACAGAGGAAAUUGCAUUCCAGCACCAGCUAUCAGUGGCCACUAAUCACUGUAGCUGUCGCAGGGCAAAGCCCAUCAUCCAUUGUGGAGAAGAAAAGGCUCAGUUCUCAAUGGUGGAACUCUCUUCAGGCUGGCACUGGGGCAAAUCCCUCAAAUAUAUAGUAAGGUCUUUGUUUACUACUUAUGGCAGCCCCCUUUGUGCAGUAGGACAGUUCCCAGGAAAUAAUCUGCAAGUAGAGAUUCACCAUUGUUCUGAUGUUCUAAGUACAAAGGUACUUCACAAGAACAUCUGGGAAAGGGGUUAAUACUGGGCAUCCCUACUAUAAGUCACCCCAGUAUACAACCAUUCUGCACUAAAGUCAUUGACGCUUGUAGGAAUUGAUGUGUUAAGUCCUCCCCAUUCUCUGCUCUUAAGUUGCACCAAAAAACCCCAAUCAAUUUGUGCAAAUUGGAAAUCAGCCACGGGAAAAAAAAUCCCCCCCUUUAAGUUGUUUUGCUGUAAGUACAAGUGUUUUGGAAUGUAUCUUGGGUUUAUAGCAAGGGUGGCCUGUAGUUCUGUUUUGACAGGUCUGUCUCCAAUACAAAAUUAAGACAACUUUGAAAGGUCUAGUCAAAUAACUAUGCUAUCCACUACUUUCCAAUUAGCAUAGCCAAGGAUAAGUCCUGUUCAGCAUCAUGUCAGCUAAUCAUGGUUAAGCCUGUUUGGUGCAAUAUACUCUGAUUUUCAUUACAUUCAAGAGACCUGUAGAAAACACCAGCAGUACAGGAAUAAGCUCUUGGAAACAUGUGACUAGGCCCCAGAUGCUGUUAAUUUAUACUCUUACACAACAUGGUGGCAGAUAUGCUGUACUGCAGUUUUUCAUGGAAUUAAAAACAGCAAUGAUAGCUUGGGUUUUUUCCCCCCCUUUUGCUCUUACAUGGGCGACUAGUUUUGUAGCUCUAACUUUCUGUAGUCCAGGAGAAGUUGUAAACAGAUAGUUUUAGAUCAAUAAAACUAACACACAUACAAAAAAGGCAGGAAAAAUGAAGGGAAGAAAAAUCAGACUGUACUGGUGGAGAGGCAUGAUUAGCUGAAGUCAAAGAAAGGUGGAGCUGACGUCUUAUGUUUAUCGCCAGUACCCACCACCUGCACAAGACAUCACUAGCCAGGUUUAUUUAAGGUGUAGAGAUUUUUCCACAACACUAGAUCUGGGGAGGAGAAGGAGGAACAAUCAUUAUGUAAUGAGUAUUACCUGAAUUUCUGCAAAGCAAAAUGAGAAAUUAUUUUAAAUUAUGU